AUGACAGCCGAACCAUCAUUACGGCGACAACGGAAAGUCGUCAUCACUACAUCUCCAGCCCCCUCCGAUUCUGAUUCACGCCGCGACUCCUACUUCUCAGAAGUUUCUCAAUCAACGGCCCCUACUUCUUUCCACUCGGCUUCCGGGUCUAAUAAUAAAUGCCUUGAUGCUCCUCAAAGGAACAGACCUACCGCAGCUAUGAAUUCAACAACCAUUGAGCGCAGAUUCGAUACUACCUCUUCCUCUAUCGCCACAUACGACUCGGUCCUAUCUGAAAUGGCACCCUUGUGUCGAGAUUUGCCAGUCGGCGGCGAAGAGGUAGAAUUUGAAACUGAGGAUGACGAGGAAGAAGAGGAAGAGGAGGAGGAAAGCGGCGAUGAAGACGAUGACGAUGACGACAGAGAGGAUGACCAGGAAGACGCCGACAAGGACUAUAUUCUAUCUGACCCUGAGUCGCUUCAUAUUCCUCCAGUGCUGCCUCCUUAUCGCGGAACUUCUAACGAACGCCCCUGCCGACCAUCUACACCUCAAGAUUUUGGCCGUCUAUUCCCUUCACUGGACAGACUUGCCGUACGCCAUGAUGAUUGUACUUCGGACGGCAACAUGAAUCUCCGUGUCGAUACUGUUGUUCCUUUUGGACAUACACGACGCACGCUUGCAGUCCAGCUAUUCCACCUGCGCAUGCACGACCUAGCUCGCCGAGAAUUUUCUCUCCGCCGUUACUGCCGCGACUCUGGUCGAGAGGUUUGCAACUCUAAGCGUGCAUAUGCUCCAGCGCCGACCAGUACUGUCUCUGCAGCACGGCCUGCCCUCCAAAGGUCAAUGAGUUCCGCUAUGCGGACAAUGGCUACUCCAUUUCACCGACCGACCUCCAGCAACUCUUCAAUCUUCAAGUUCGGCAAUGGCACCAACGCUUCUACAACUUCUGAUAACGCCUCCGUAUGGUCCGGUUCGCAUCACACGGAGAAAUCAGAAUCACCAAAGCCUAAGCCCAAGGCACGAAUGGUACCUACAAACCGAAUCAAGCUCGAGUUCAGCAACUAUGCUCGCGUGGAUAUUGCACGGCGAGGUGGACGCACCAACAAGCGAUACGAAUUCGAGUGGUGGGGUCACACAUACGCCUGGAAGCGUGUAAUCGACAAGAACCUCAAUGUCGUCUCAUUCCACCUCGUCCGAGAUGGACAUGGCACACCCGUCGCCCAUAUCGUUCCUGAAAUGCGAAGUCCCAACCAGAUUUUGGACGAUGAGAUGGCUGGAGCUUGGGUUACCCCUUGCUACAUCUGGAUUAGUGACAGUAGCAUCAUCGACGCCAUUACCGACGUGGCUGAUGUCAUCAUUGCCACUGGCCUUAUUUCCUUGGUCGACGACUGCAUCAAGGAGCGAUGGCAAGCUAAGAAACCCUCACACCGAGCCAUCCGCAGGGACACUGGCGAUGUCAACCAUGCAAACCCUCGCUCGUUUAUGCACAGCUUCUUCCAACGACGCCACUCCGAAGAACACUCUUCGAGCCGUGGCGCAUUAAGAUUUGGACGCAAGCCUGUCGCUGCGUAUUAA